AUGGCGUCACCGUUGCCCAGUGUGUGACUCCGUGUGUUUCCUUGCAGGCGUGGGCGGUAAGCCUCCCAGCAUUCCGCCGCACCUCCUGCCGCCGGGGUCCGCCGCCGCAGCUGCGGUUGCAGCGGCGGCAGCGGCGGCGUGCGUGAGCAGCGCGCCGAGCGUGGUGAGCAGCAGCAGCAGCAGCAGCAGCAUCAGCAUCAGCAGCGACGGCAGCGUGGGUCUGAGCAGCAAGGGCGUGAGAACCACGGCCACGGUGCCGCCGCUGGGCCUCACCACGUCCCUCACGCCCCUCACCACCACCGCGGGGGCCAGGGCGCCCUCGCCUACCUCCUCGUCCUCCUUCGCCGCGGCGCUGCGCUCCCUCGCCAAGCAGGCCACGGCGCCGCCAGGCUCCGAGAAGGAGGGUUCGCUGUCCGGGGAGCCGCAGCGGCUGUCCCCCAAGGUGUCGCUGACGCCCUCCACCACGGGCCACAUCGGCAUCUCCAGCGGCUCGGUGCCCCCCGUGGUGACCAUCGCGCCCACGCACACGCACGUCACCAUGACCACGGAGGCGGAGCGGUCCAGCGCGCCGCCGGUCAGCGAGGAGCUUGUGCGCGGCUUCCAACCCUACCGCGCGCCCGACGUGACGGCCUCGGCAGCCACCGCCACGCCGGGGGGGUCACUGCGCCCGCCCAUGCCCCUGGACCUGCCCCCCUCCUACCCCGCCUACCACCCCUCCCUCUACCCCCACCACCUGGCGCACCAGUACAGGUUGGAGGAGCAGCUGUACCUGGAGCGCUAUGGGUUGCUGCGGCCGCCCCUCAGCCCCUACAGUGUGGGCGGCCUGUCCGCCAUCUACCCCGGGGCCGCCACCUCCCCCUACCUCUCAUCCAGGUUUCCCCAUGACCUGCUCCCCACCUCCCUGGCCGCCCUCCACCCCUCAUCAGCGCUCCUGCAUGAGAGGAGCUGCCUUGUACAGGCCCACCGGCCUCAUGCAGUCCCCUUACGUUCUUAUGUCCUUAUUGAAACGUUAAAACUGGAGGAGGACAUGCGUCAGCGCGAGUAUGAGCUGGAGAUGAGGAGGGAGCGAGAGCUGGAGAGAGAGCGAGAGCGAGAGAGGGAGCGAGAGAGGGACCGGGAGAGGGAGAGAGAGAAGGAGCGCGAGAGGGAGAGGGAGAGGGAGAAGGAGCGGGAAAGAGAACGCGACAAGGAGAAGGAGAGAGAGAGAGCGAGAGAGAAGGAGAGAGAGAGACAGCGGCAGAGGGAGCUUCACGAGGCGGACCGCAGCAGCAAAGAGGACUCCUCUUCGCAAAGCCAUGACCGGAGCCGCGACCGCAGCCCCAUCACUCCCAUCACCCCCAUCGUGCCCAUCACCAGCCUCAGCACCAGCAGCGUCACCGUCACCAGCACCACCCACGGUCGCAAGAACCAGCCCAUCGGCGUGGCCACCCAGCAGAUGGCUCAGCCGCUGGACAUCAGGAACCAGGUCAUGUUUAGGCCCAUCAAUGACGUGACCUUCCUGGGACACGUGCAGGCCCAGUCGCAACCCAAGACCCAGACGCAGGCCACCAGCACCAAAGACGACCUGCCCCUGAACAAGCUGGAGCCUCCACGGGACAGCAUGAGGUCCUCGGGAAAGCCUCGCACGCCAGCCAUCGUUCGGCCCUUCGAGUCAACGCCCAGCGAUUCCAUGCACUCGCUACACUCGGUCAUCAAGAACGCCGCGCCGCCUGUCAAGAACGGGGAGAACUUGACCUGCCAGCCAGCGCGCAUCAUGGUGGGGAAUGGGGAGCUCAUACCACCUGGGGAGAUAAAGAAGGAGGGCGGGGAGGGACGGGGCGGGGAGGCGAGAGGCAUGGAGAUGAGGGGAAUGGAGUCAAGGAGUGUGGAGAUGCGGAGUGUGGAGUCGAGAGGAGUGGAGGCGAGGAACGUGGAGAUGAGGAAUGUGGAGUCAAGAGGAGUGGACUUGAGGAGUGUGGAGUCAAGAGGAGUGGAGAUGAGGGGCAUGGAGUCAAGAGGAGUGGAAACAAGAGGGCUGGACACAAGGGGUUUGGAGCAAAGAGGAGUGGAAUCAAGAGGCCUGGACCAGAGGGGAGUGGAGUCAAGAGGAAUUGAACCAAGAGGAAUGGAGCAAAGAGGAGUGGUGGAGCCGAGAGUGGUCGAGGGAAGAGGUGUUGAGCCAAGAGGAAUGGAGUCAAGAGGAAUGGAAUCAAGAGGAAUGGAAUCAAGAAUGGAAUCAAGAGGAAUGGAAUCAAGAGGAAUGGAGGCAAGAGGAAUGGAAUCAAGAGGAAUGGAGUCAAGGGGAAUGGAAUCAAGAGGAAUGGAGUCAAGAGGAAUGGAAUCAAGAGGAAUGGAAUCAAGAGGAAUAGAACCAAGAGGAAUGGAGUCAAGAGGAGUUGAACCCAGAGGCAUGGAGUCAAGAGGAAUGGAAUCAAGAGGAGUUGAACCCAGAGGCAUGGAGUCAAGAGGAAUGGAAUCAAGAGGAAUUGAACCAAGGGGAAUGGAGCCAAGAGGAAUGGAGGGAAGAGGACUGGAAUCAAGAGGGUUAGAAUCAAGAGGAAUAGAAUCAAGAGGAAUGGAAUCAAGAGGAAUGGAUCACCCAAGAAUGGUGGUGGAGCCAAGAGUAAUUGAACCAAGAGGUAUUGAAAGUAGGGGAAUGGAAUCAAGAGGAAUGGAAUCAAGAGGAAUGGAGUCAAGAGGAAUGGAGUCAAGAGGAGUGGAUUCCAGAGUAGGGGAGUCCCGUGGAGUGGAGAUGCGUGGAGUUGAAAGUCGUGGUGUUGAGAUGCGUGGAGUUGAACCUCGCGGAGUUGAGAUCCGUAACGUGGAGAUGCGAAACGUGGAGAUGCGCGGAGUUGAACCUCGUGGAGUUGGUGGUGGAGUGGAGAUGCGCUGCGGAGGUGGAAGUGGAGUGGAGAUGCGCUGUAUUGGUGGAGGUGGAGUUGAACCUCGCGGAGUGUGGCAACCGGUCAAGCUUGAAAAGACCAGUUGUAGCCCUGUACCCAGCAACACCACCUCCACCGCCACCACCACCACCACCACCACCACAAACACCACCAGUAGCAGCCUCUCCACCACCUCCACAACCGCCACCACCACCACCACCACCACCUCGAGUACCAACACCAGUACCCAACCACCAAUACAGAUCAAGCCACCCCCUCCCCCCACACCACCACCACCACCACCACCGCCCUCACCACCCCCUGAUCCACCUGUGAGCCGGCUGGAUGUGGAGGAGGCGCGGCUGAGGGAGCUGCGCGAGGCGGGUCUGGAGGUGGAUGAGGCGGAGGAGGUGCUGCAGGAGGAGGCCAUGGCCCGCGCCCGCGCCCUCAUGCUGGUCUGCACCAAAGGGCCCCCAGCACCCCUGGACACAUCCCACGAGAAAAUCUCGUUCCUGAACACGGUGGGCCUGAUCACCCACGCCCACGCGCAGGAGGCCGAGCUGAACCAGUGUGAGCGCCGUGCCAGGGUUCUGAGCGCGCUGGAGCCCUCGUCCAUACCCUCGUCCCCCAAGCACGCCGAGUCGAUCUCCGAGGAGCUGGUGCCCAUGCUAGCGCCGGGCCACAGCCUCCCGCCUGUGAUAACCACCCCCGAGGAGCUGUGCCUGGCCCAUGAGUACCCCCACAAGGCACGCUUCCUGCACCACCUGGGCCUGCAGCCACAGCACUCACUGCACCGACAGCAGGAGGUUGAGGCGGUGUGGCAAAUGGUGGUACAGGAGCGGCUGCGUCGGUACCGUCACGAGAGUACCGACCCGUUGGCCCAGCGUGUGUGUGAGGCCCUCGAGCACCUCCUCACCACCAACAUCCACCACCAGCAGCCCCCCACCACCGCCGCCACCACCACCACCUCCUCCGCCUCCUCCUCCAUCUCUGUGCCCUUGCUCAAAGUCACCACCACCACCACCACCGCCACCGCCGCCACCAGCACCGCAUCACCACAGCCCGUCGCCCCAUCCACCACCACAUCCACCACCUCCACCUCCACUGCCACCAACACCACGAGUACCGCCAUGCAGACCACACCACCGGCUGCGGCUUCCAUCGCUGUGACGGGCUCCACCUCCACCACCACCACCGCCACCUCCACCCUCACCACCACGACGGCCAUGGCGGCUGUGAUGACGGCCACGCCCCUGGUCACCACGGCCCCCAUGCGCGCGAUGCCCAUGCCCGUGACAGUGGCCUCGACGGGUCACAACACCAUCACCCCCAGCAUGAACGCAAAGAUGGUGAUGAGCCGCAUGGGCAUGGCUGGCAAGAUCCCCAUGAAGGACGCCUACAUCAUGUCCUCGCUGCCCCCGCCCGAGGAGGACCCGCUGCUGGCCGGCCUGCAGGGGGUGGACACCGUCAUUGAGCACUUCAUCAAGAACGCCCAGGCUCAAGGCGGCAGCAACAACUCCAUCCUGCUGGAGCACAUCGAGGAGGUGCGGCGGAGCCAGAUGGCCGUGUGCCAGACGGCCCAGCUGGUGCAGGAGCAGGUGGCCCAGCUGGUGGCCUCCCGGGCGCAGCUUGAGGCCCACCGCUCGGCCCUGCACCACCACCUGGCGGCCGUCACCUCCAUCAUCGCCAGCAGCACCAACCACUCCGCCCCCGCCACCUCCGCCGCCUCCUCCGCCGCCUCCAGCGCACCUUCCACCAUAUCCAACAGCACGCAGGUGUCCAUGGCUGUGCCCGCCACCUCUGCGCUGGUGGGCGUGGCCAACGGUGCUUCCUACUCCCCCGCCACGGGCAGCGCCACCACCCACACUGCCACCACAGCCACCAGCACCGGCCUGGGCCACGGCCACGCCCUGCCCCUCACCACCACGGCCGGCGGCCUGGUGGCGGGGCACCCCAUCAUCAACAGGAGCAUGCAGUCGCUGGUGCCCGGUGCUGCAGCCAUGUCCUGGGCCGGCCUGGCGCCGCCCUACCUCGGAAGUACAAACAUGUCGCUCUCCAUGGACAGCAAGGACGGGGUGAUCUACUCCCACGUGGCCGCCAAGGACGCCGCCAAGGACGCCAAGACCAUCGUGUCCAGCGUGAAUACCUCAAAGCCCAACAGGAUAUCUCUUCCCCAUGGGAACAACAAGAUGCCCGGCGGCCGCCACAACGCUGGCAAGGCGCAGCAGAAGCAUGUGUCCAUGGAGACCAGCAGCCACGGCUCCCCCGUCAAGUAUAACGGCAUACCCGGCGGCCUGCCCAAGCAGAUCUUCAAGCCACUCCAGAUCAGCGGACCAAACGCCAGCGCCAACCUUGCCAAGAAGUCCCCCAAGGGGCUGAGCUACUGCCCGCCGCCCAGCGUGACGGGGCACGGCCAGGCCUCCGUGGCGCUGGUCACGCCCACCACCACCAUCACCGGCCAGAACGGGCUGCUGCCGCUGCCCAUCAUCCACAGCUCCGUCAGCAAGAACGGCCGCACCGCCAAGCCGCAGAUCGGCUUCACCCCCUACUCCAAAACCUCUCCCACCAAAGUUACGCAGUCUUGGAUAUCUAACUAAUUAUAUCUUUGCUCCGUUUUAAUCUAUCCGUGUAUAGAGUAAAUUUCUCCGAGGGCGAGGUUUUCCGAGGUUCCCUAGACCCUUGCAGAACCCUCGCUUUAGUGAAUGUUUCAUACAGUAUUCCUUGUUCUAACUCUGCCAAAGACUUUGAUCCUCACACGAGGAGGAGGGCGCUAUGAUGGUUGUAGCAUAAUUCAAGAAAUACUACUAGUCAAGAGUGUUCUCACCGGCCACGGCUCGGGGUCGGACCGCAGGGUCGCGCCACCACCACCACACCGCAGUGCUCUGGGACCUCAGUGUUCGGUGUGACGGUCAGGCAGUCUGUGUCACCUCCAGGACAGCACAGACAAACUCGUGUGUGUGUAUGUGUGUGUGUGUGUGUGUGUGUGUGUGUGUGUGUGUGUGUGUGUGUGUGUGUGUGUGUGUGUGUGUGUGUGUGUGGGUGGGCCGAGCUGGACUGACUGGUGGCCGGGCAAAGGUUGAGGGGGGGAGUUUGUUCCAGCGUCUGAUCAUUAGGUAAGAUUUUCUGGUAUUGAGAUGUCCAUACUGCACAAAGAGUUCAUUGCUACAUGUAUCUUAUCUAAAUUACAUAAAAACACAAACGUGAACAAUGAUGUGUUUAGUUUUUUCUUCGUGCUCCACCACCACCUUGAGGUUUGUUUGCCACACUCCACCGCCCCGCGACGUAGCCAACCUUCCGUCGGGGCAAGUAUUUUGACGCGUUGCCAGAUAGUUUUGGUGUUGUGUGUAACCAAACUUGUUUUAAUUGAUCCGCUGAAGGGAAAUUGAUGGCAGUUCACAGUUAUGGAAAACAUUCAUGAAUUACUUAAGUAAAAGGAAUAAUCUAAGGCUUUUUGAAGGAUGUAAGAGGCGUAAACAUAGAGCGUUCACAAUUAAAUUAUACUUUUCUAAAUUUAUAUAUGAAGGAAAGCAAUCCAUGGCAGCAGCAGCAUCAGUUAUGUACAUUCAAUUGGAAGUUCUCCAAGUUCCCUAUACACUAUCUUCCCUAUAGAGGCUACCAUAGCAUUUUAAUAUUCAAAUAGUACCAAGCAUUGCGGCCUGCCCCAGCCCACCCGUCAGGAGCGGCACUUCCCGACACUGCCCGGCACACUGACAAGGCGCUACUCUCUCAGGCCACACGAUGACAAGCUCCCCACACUCUGCCCACACAAGGGACGGAACACAACCAAACACACACUUCCCUCAACACACCGCCAUCACUGAUGAUCACCGGCCACCCUGCCAUCACACCAUGCUGGUACGGGGCCGAGGAGGCAGCGGGGCGGUGUCCUGACAGGCGCUGGGGCGGGCCGGGUGUCCAUUCCUAGCUAGAGAUCCCUGACGUGGAAGGAAGGCGAGAGAGAUUAUGUAUUUGAGAGACUCUUGUGCUGAGGGCGGGCUUUGUGGGAGGCGGCGGCCCGGGAGUCUGGGGUGUGUGUGGGCGUUGGUGACCUGUGUGUGUGCCUCCUAUGGAAGUGCCGGGGUCACGCUGGCCCUACCCUGUUCACUAGCAUUGUGUCGAGACGCCUCGUGCUGCCGCGACUCUCAGCAUAAUUCUUAAUAUCUAGAGAAAAUUAUGUUUGUAUUUAUGAACAAAUCUAAUUGAAAAAAAUUAUAUAUAAAUAAAAUAUAGACUAUCGA